AAAUCAAAUGUUUGCUGAUUGAUUCAACACUGAAACACAAAAUUUUUUUUUUUUUUUUUUUUUUUGAAAAAUCCGAUUAGCUUAAAUAUUUAUUGAUUGAUUGAUUAUAUUGAUAUUUGUGUGUUUUGUAAAUCCCAUUAAUUUGUAGUGGUACAAAAUGAUGGUGAAAAAAAAUGGAUUACUCUCAUCAAUCAUAUACUCUUCUUACUUAAUUUUUUUUUCUUCUUCACUAUCGAUAAUAUCGAUUAUUGGAAUUUUUAAAUCUUUUAUGUAAAUAAAAAUUAUUAUUAUUAUCUUUGAAAAGUUUGCAAAAACAUGUUCCAUAAUGUUGUUGUUGUUGUUGUUGUUGUUGGUGUGGCUGGAUGAAAAUUAAAUUGUCCAAAUGUUCAUUUGCCAGCCAUGAACCACGACGAACGACCAAUGUUGUUUUUGGGCAAAAUUUUUGAUUUUAUAAAAUGGAAAUUCAAUUCGUUACAAAAAAACAUCAAUGAUGUGAGAGAAAAACGACAAUUAUUGAAAAAAAUGAAUGAUGAAUUUGAUAAAAAAAUUAUCGAAGCUCAUUUGAUUGGCAUGACAGAUGAUGAAUUGGCUACGAUUUUCGAUAAACAUUUCCAUCAUCAUCAUCAUCAUCAUUUAAAUCAUUCAUUUAAAUUUUUACAACGAAAAUCAUUCAUCAUAUGGUUGUCAUUCAUUUUAUUAUUGAUUUCAUUUCUAUUGACAUCGAAUACAUGUAAACGUUAUGGAAUGCGAUUUGGUCGAAAAAUUUUAUUUCAAUUGGAAAAUCAUUGGAAUUGGUUAGACGUAUAUUAUGAUCGUUGUUUAUUAUCAUCAUCAUCGAAUAUUCGAACAUCAUCAACAACAGCAGUGAAAAAAUCGAAUGAACGAUGUGAUUAUUGUGAAAAUGUCAAUCAAAUAAUAAAAAUCAAUGGCAAUUCAUAUGAUCAACAACAACAACAACAACGACGUUUAUUACAUGAUCAAAUUACAUCGUUUAUUACGCAGAAAUUGCCCUUCAUUUAUCAUGACGAACAUUUCGUUACAAAUGAAAUACGAUCAUGGCCAAUACGAAAGAAUUUCACACGAAUAAUCGAUUUUAAGAGGCUUUAUAAUGAAACAAAUCAUCAUCACAAUUAUGGUAUUUGUAUGUUUCGAUCAAAUUUGGUGAAUGUCAAUGAUCCAUAUGAAUUUUUCAAUGAAAUUGAUGAUGAUGAUGAUGAUGGUCAUUCAUAUAUUCAUCAUAUGCCUUGGUUUAUACAUUGGCAAAAUUGUGGACUAAAAGAAAUGAAAAAAAUUCGCCAUUUAUAUAAACGGCUUUCAAUACUGCCACCAAUGAUUGAAAUGAGUAAACCAAAUUGGCUACUAUUAUCAUCAUCAGAAACGAUUAAUCAACGGACAUUUAAACCGAUAAUACCAUCACAACAGACAGAUAUUAUGGUUAUCAUACAAAUACAAGGUCAUAUUGAAUUCGAUUUACAUACAGCCAUCGAUGAUUGUCAAUAUAUUUGCCAACAACAAAAAAAUAAUUCUACUUACAAACGGAUUUAUUAUUAUUUACCAGCAAAUCAUUUAGUUGUAAUUGAUCCUAAAUAUUGGCGAUUUAGUUAUCGUCCACCAUCAUCAUCAUCAUCAUCAUCGAUAAAGGAGGAUAUAAAAAAUAUGGAUUACAUCGAUACUACAAUGAAUCUAUCAUUAAUAUUAACCGGUAUUAUUGUUUGA